AUGGCCCAACCUCCUAUGCCAGAUUUGUCCAAUGCCAUAGUGGCUCAGGAUGAGAUGGGAAGACCUUUCAUCAUCGUCCGCGACCAAGGAAAAAAGCAGAGAAAGCAUGGUGUGGAAGCGACUAAGUCCCAUAUCUUGGCUGCUCGCGCCGUCGCCACAAUCGUCAAGACAUCCUUGGGACCCCGUGGAUUAGAUAAAAUUUUGGUCAGUCAGGAUGGUGACAUCACCAUAACUAACGAUGGCGCCACUAUUUUAUCUCAGAUGGACUUGGAUAAUGAGAUUGCUAAGUUGUUGGUUGAAUUAUCCCGUUCGCAAGAUGACGAAAUUGGAGAUGGUACUACGGGUGUUGUUGUUUUGGCUAGUGCCUUAUUGGACCAAGCCUUGGAAUUGAUUGAAAAGGGUAUUCAUCCUAUCAAAAUCGCCAAUGGUUUUGAUGAAGCGUGCAAAAUUGCCUGUCAACAUCUCGACGUUGUGGCUGACGAUAUCAACAUCAGUCACGAGGCUACCGACUCUAACUUGUUGAAGGCAGCAAAAACCUCGUUGGGUUCGAAAAUUGUCUCUAAAGCUCACGAUCAUUUUGCUCACAUGGCUGUUGACGCAGUCUUGUCGGUGGCUGAUCUCGAGAGAAAAGAUGUGGACUUCGAGUUGAUCAAGAUGGAGAGUAAAGUCGGCGGGGGCAUCGAAGACUCGUCAUUGAUAAAAGGUGUCUUGUUGGACAAGGACUUUUCUCACCCACAAAUGCCAAAGCAAGUUGAUGACUGCAAGAUUGCCAUUUUGACAUGUCCAUUCGAGCCACCAAAGCCAAAGACAAAGCAUAAAUUGGACAUUUCUACGGUGGAGGAGUUCAAGGUAUUGCAGGAAUACGAGCAGAAAAAAUUCAUCGAAAUGAUUGAAAAGGUUAAAGCUUCUGGUGCUAACGUCGUUGCUUGUCAAUGGGGAUUUGACGAUGAAGCCAACCACUUGUUGUUGUCAAACAAUCUAAACGCUAUCAGAUGGAUUGGUGGCUCCGAAUUGGAGUUAUUGGCCAUUGCCACUAAUGGUCGCAUCGUCCCAAGAUUUGAGGAUUUGACACCAGAAAAGUUGGGCCACGCGGGCACAAUAAGAGAACUUGAGUUCGGUACCACCAGAGACCGCAUGUUGGUGGUAGAGGAUUGCUCCAACACAAAGGCUGUCACAUGUUUUAUCAGAGGCUCGAAUGAAAUGAUUGUCGCCGAAGGUAUAAGAGCUUUGCAUGACUCCAUUUGUGUUGUGCGUAAUUUGAUCAGAGAUAGCAGAGUUGUUUAUGGAGGAGGUGCUGCCGAAUUAGCGUGCUCAAUUGCGGUCAGCGAAGCGGCAGACAAACAAAGAGGCAUAGACCAAUACGCGUUCAGAGCAUUUGCUACAGCAUUGGAUCAAAUUCCUAUGACGCUUGCUGAAAACUCUGGUUUGGAUGCCAUUGAAACAUUGUCUACGCUUAAAUCUAAGCAAGUCCUUGAAAAGUCCUCUCAGUUGGGUGUGGACUGCUUGGGAUUAGGCACCAACGACAUGAAGGAGCUUUUCGUCAUCGAUCCUUUGAUCGGUAAGAAACAGCAGUUGUUGUUGGCUACACAGUUGACCAGAAUGAUUUUGAAGAUCAACGAUGUGAUUAUCAGCGGAAAGGACGAGUACUAG